AUGGAGGGCACAUUUCGGCCAACCAGGGAAGGAGCUCGGUUAGUCGAGACGCCAAGUCAGCACGACGCUAGCGGCCUCCCAGUACGAUCAGAAGUUUCUCCUCGGGUCAAAUUAGUCAGGAUGUCAAACUUCAACACCGAGGACAUGGCUGCUGCCUUGCCCACCGCUGAUGGCCCUCCUGAUGGAGCCCAUCAUGGCCCCCCUGAGGCACCACCUGGCUUGACGCCUCAGCAGUAUGGCUGGGUGCGCAAGACUGAGUAUGACUACGAUACGUACAACAAAUCCACCAAGGAGUUGUUGGAUACGCAGGGUGGCGUUGAGGGUGCUCCCGAAACUUUCCAAGCUGAACCUAACGCAGAGAUCGAGGAGGCUGUUGGAGGCAUUCGUCCCGGCGAGUGGGCCAACAAUGCUGCCAUCUACCAGUGGGAUGAGGAUUUCGGCGACAUUGGUCCUGCUCACCCAGAGCUUGAGAAGAUGCUGUUUGGCUCUGCAAACCAUGUCAAGUCCGGUAUUAACUUCGAGGCGUACGUACCAUGCACCACUCUCACUGGAGACUGUAUUGCCAAGAUUGAUGUUGUCCAUGAGGGCGUAAUCCGCAUCAAACCUAUCAAGUCAUUUGCUGACGCUGGUCUUCACCCUGCUAUGUUGACCAAUGUCAAGCUUGCUGGUUAUGAUGUUCCCACCCCCAUUCAACAAUUCACGAUUCCUUGCGUAAUUGAGGGUCAUGAUCUGGUUGCGUGUGCACAGACUGGAUCCGGAAAGACUGCUGCAUUCUUGAUUCCAAUCCUGUCCAAGUUGAUGGGAAAGGCAAAGAAGAUUGCGGCUCCCCGCCCAAACCCUGUCACUUUCCAGCCUGGUAUCACUGCUCCAGUUCGCGCUGAGCCGCUGGUCUUGAUCGUUGCCCCUUCCCGUGAGUUAGCGACUCAGAUCUUCGACGAGGCUCGCCGCUUCUGCUACAGAACCAUGCUUCGACCCUGCGUUGUCUAUGGUGGUGGCCCUCUGGGUGAGCAGAUUCAACAACUCGCUCGGGGCUGUGAUGUGUUGAUCGGUACUCCUGGUCGCCUGUGCGACUUUAUCAACCGCCCCAACGUCUUGACAUUGAAGCGCUUGCGCUACAUGGUCAUUGAUGAGGCCGACGAGAUGCUCAACACUGAUUGGGAGCUUGAAUUGAAGCAGAUCAUGUCCGGUGGUGACCAGGAGGAGGGCAACAUCAAGUACUUGAUGUUCUCUGCGACCUUCCCGAAGAUUGCCCACGAGCUUGCUCUUCAGCACCUUUCCCACGACCAUGUCCACAUCCGUGUUGGUCGCGCUGGCUCAAGCCAUGUCAACAUCAAGCAAGAUAUUGUCUUCGUUGAUGCCCAUGCCAAGCGCAAGGCUCUCUUCGAUUUGUUGAUGUCGGCUCCUCCAGCUCGUACCAUCAUCUUCGUCAAUUCCAAGCGCACCGCUGAUGAGACUGAUGAUUACCUGUUCAACCUGGACAUCCCCUGCACUUCUAUUCAUUCCGGCCGUACUCAGCGUGAGCGUGAGGACUCCAUCCGUGCAUUCCGCUCAGGAAAGGCCCCCGUCUUGAUCGCCACCGGUGUCUCUGCUCGAGGAUUGGACAUUCACAAUGUUCUGCACGUCAUCAACUACGACUUGCCAUCUUUUCAAUACGGCGGUAUCCAGGAGUACACUCACCGAAUCGGUCGUACCGGCCGUAUUGGGAACAAGGGCCUUGCUACCUCGUUCUUCAAUGAUCGGGACAUUGAUAUUGCGGAGGUGUUGGUCAAAACUCUCCUGGAGACUCAACAGAUCGUUCCUGAUUUCCUUGAGCAAUACAUCCCUGAGGGUUUCGCUCCUGAUGCUGAAGGCAAUGUAACUGGCAAGAUCGAAGACCUCAAGUUCGAGAAUGAUUCAGAUGAUGGCGAGGGUGUUGGAUCUGGCAACGGAGGCGGAUGGGGUGAGGCAUCAGUUGAUACUCCUGCUGAAGAGGCCCAGGCUGCCGAGCCAUCUGCUCCUAAUGCUCAAGCUGAGGCUCCCCAAGCCCCUCAGCCAACUCAGCCAGUCCAAGAGUUCGGUCUUCCAGCUGCUCCUGCUUGGAAUGCUCAAGCUCCUCAAGCCCUCCAGCCAACUCGACCAGCCCAAGAGUUUGGUCUCCCAGCUGAACAGUCCGGUGGUCCACAGCACUACGGUGCUCCGGUCCAAACCUUCACCCCUCAGGCUCCAGUCGCCCAGGCUGGUCCCCCUCAAGGACAGGUCCGCCUCAAGGUCACUUUGGUCCACCCCAAGGUCAAUAUGGUCCGCCCCAAGGUCACUAUGGCCCACCUCAAGGUCACUAUGGCCCACCUCAAGGUCAAUAUGGUCCUCUUUCAACUCAGCAGGGUCCACCUCAAGGUCAAUAUGUUCUGCCCCAAGGUCACUAUGGUCCACCUCAAGGUCAAUAUGCUACCCAACACCAUCAGGCUACUCAAACAGCUACAAACUGGGGCUCUCCAGUUCCGGCUGCUGUUCCGCAACAGGCCACUCCACAGUGGAAUGCCGCUGCUCCUCACCAGGUUGCUCGUGCCCCUGCUGCUCAACAGCCAGCUGCUCCUCAACAGGUUGCUCCACGUGCCUCCUGCUGCUCAACAGCCAGCUGCUCCUCAACAGGUUGCUCCACGUGCCCCUGCUGCUCAACAGCCAGCUGCUCCCCAUCAGGUUGCUCCACGUGCCCCUGCUGCUCAACAGCCAGCUGCUCCCCAUCAGGUUGCUCCGCGUGCCCCUGCUGCACCAAAGGCAGCUGCUGUUCCUGAAUGGGAUACCCCUGUGUCUGGCAGCGAUACCUGGGGUGCUGGAUGGUAA